AGACGACUUUCGAAUUCGCAGUGAUUCGAUGCGAUGCAGAAGGUCGCUGCUUCGCAAAUCGCGAGCAUAAGCAUUCCGAUUCGACGGCGAAGCGAUCGCAAUCGGCGCCAGAUCCGGCGGCCUCUCGAUCUCGCUUCGUGAUCUCUCGUUCUCGCUUCGAUUCGUUGUCGAGUUUCCAUAGCUAGAUCGGAUCCUUCAGGCGUCCGGAUUCGGAAUCCAGUUCUGGUUUUUGUAACUUCUUCUUCGAUCCGAGAUGCUGCGGCUGAGAGCGUUCCGCCCGAGCGGCGACAAGAUAGUGAAGAUUCAGUUGCAUCCGACGCACCCGUGGCUCGUCACCGCGGACGCGUCGGACUUCGUCUCCGUCUGGAAUUGGGAGCAUCGUCAGGUGAUUUACGAGCUGAAAGCGGGCGGCGUCGACGAGAGGCGUUUGGUCGGUGCUAAAUUGGAGAAGCUUGCCGAAGGAGAAUCAGAGUCUAAGGGCAAACCGACUGAGGCCAUUCGGGGAGGAAGUGUUAAGCAGGUGAACUUUUAUGAUGAUGAUGUGCGCUAUUGGCAGCUGUGGCGUAACCGAUCUGCUGCUGCAGAAGCUCCAUCGGCUGUUACCAACGUCACUUCAGCGUUUGCUUCUCCAGCACCAUCAACGAAAGGGCGUCAUUUUCUUGUCAUUUGUUGCGAAAACAAAGCUAUUUUCCUGGACUUGGUGACAAUGCGAGGCCGAGAUGUACCUAAGCAAGAACUUGACAACAGAUCAUUACUCUGUAUGGAGUUCCUGGCCAGAUCUGCAUCUGGAGAUGGUCCACUUGUUGCUUUUGGUGGAUCGGAUGGUGUCAUUAGAGUACUUUCAAUGAUAACAUGGAAGCUUGUAAGGAGAUACACAGGCGGUCAUAAAGGAUCAAUUGCUUGUCUAAUGACCUUCAUGGCUUCUUCUGGUGAGGCACUUCUGGUGUCUGGUGCCAGUGAUGGUUUGCUUGUUCUCUGGAGUGCAGACCAUGGUCAAGAUUCUCGAGAACUAGUACCCAAGCUAAGCUUGAAAGCACAUGAUGGUGGGGUUGUGGCUAUUGAACUUUCUAGAGUGAGUGGAGGACCUCCGCAGCUUAUAACAAUUGGUGCAGACAAAACGCUAGCUAUAUGGGACACAAUGUCUUUCAAGGAGUUGCGAAGAAUUAAACCCGUGUCUAAACUUGCUUGCCACAGUGUUGCAUCUUGGUGCCAUCCUCGGGCUCCAAACCUUGAUAUAUUGACUUGUGUAAAAGAUUCCCACAUAUGGGCCAUUGAACACCCCACAUAUUCAGCUCUCACAAGGCCCUUGUGUGAGCUUUCCUCACUUGUUCCACCGCAAAUACUUGCUCCGAACAAGAAGCUUAGAGUAUAUUGCAUGGUUGCACAUCCAUUGCAACCUCACCUUGUUGCUACUGGAACCAAUGUUGGUGUGAUUAUGUGUGAGUUUGAUGCCAGGUCCCUUCCACCUGUAGCUCCACUACCAACGCCUCCCGAGAGCAGGGAGCAUUCAGCAAUCUACGUGGUUGAGAGGGAACUGAAGCUGCUAAACUUCCAGUUGUCGCCCACUGGAAAUCCAUCGCUUGGGAAUAAUGCCUCAUUAUCUGAAGCAGGAAGGUUGAAGGGAGAGUCAUCAGAGUUGUUACAUGUCAAGCAGAUUAAGAAGCACAUUAGUACUCCAGUUCAAAAUGAUUCGUACUCAAUUCUUUCUGUCAGCAGUUCUGGGAAGUAUCUUGCAAUUGUGUGGCCAGAUAUUCCUUAUUUUUCUAUUUAUAAAGUUGGUGACUGGUCUAUCGUUGAUUCCGGUACUGCAAGACUUCUGGCAUGGGAUACUUGUCGUGAUAGAUUUGCCAUAUUAGAAUCUGCACCUGCCCCAAGAAUUCCUGUACUUCCUAAAGGUGGUUCCUCAAGGAGAGCAAAAGAGGCAGCUGCUGCAGCAGCACAAGCUGCAGCAGCCGCUGCAUCUGCUGCUUCUGCCGCCGGUGUUCAAGUUCGUAUCCUGCUGGAUGAUGGAACAUCAAAUAUAUUAAUGAAAUCCAUAGGCAGUCGCAAUGAACCGGUUAUUGGCUUGCAUGGUGGAGCACUUCUCGGUGUAGCUUAUCGGAUGUCACGAAGGAUCAGCCCUGUUGCUGCAACUGCUAUAUCAUCAAUUCAGUCAAUGCCCUUAUCAGGAUACGGCAAUAGUGGCCUUUCUUCCUUCACUGCUUUGGAUGAUAGUUUAUCUCAUAAAUCUUCUGCUGAGGCAGCACCACCAAAUUUUCAGCUCUAUAGCUGGGAGAGUUUUGAACCUGUUGGCGGUCUUCUUCCUCAGCCAGAAUGGACUGCAUGGGACCAAACUGUUGAGUACUGUGCGUUUGCAUAUCAUCAUUAUAUAGUUAUAUCUUCUUUGCGACCACAGUAUAGAUAUUUAGGAGAUGUUGCAAUCCCUUACGCUACUGGUGCUGUUUGGAAUCGAAGACAGCUGUUUGUGGUUACACCUACCACCAUUGAAUGUGUCUUUGUCGAUGCUGGAGUGGCACCAAUAGAUAUAGAAACAAGAAAGAUGAAAGAAGAAAUGAAAUUGAGGGAGGCGCAAUCACGGGCAGUUGCAGAGCAUGGAGAGUUAGCUCUAAUUGCAGUAGAAGGUCCCCAAGCGAGCUCACAAGAAAGAAUCAAACUAAGGCCGCCAAUGCUGCAGGUUGUUCGUCUAGCAUCUUUCCAGCACGCUCCUUCUGUUCCUCCAUUUGUGAGUUUGCCAAGGCAAUCCAAAGUUGAUAGUGAUGACAUAGCAGUGCUGAAGGAGUUUGAAGAAAGAAAAGUUAAUGAGGUUGCUGUUGGGGGUGGUGGGGUCUCAGUAGCAGUUACUCGUUUUCCAAUGGAGCAAAAACGACCUGUUGGACCUUUAGUAGUGGUUGGCGUUAGGGAUGGUGUUCUUUGGCUAAUUGAUAGGUACAUGUGUGCACAUGCCUUAUCUUUGAGUCACCCGGGUAUUCGUUGUCGGUGUUUUGCUGCUUAUGGAGAUGCAGUUAGUGCGGUGAAAUGGGCAAGUAGGCUUGCUAGAGAACAUCAUGAUGAUUUGGCCCAGUUUAUGCUUGGAAUGGGCUAUGCUACAGAAGCUCUUCAUUUGCCUGGAAUAUCUAAGAGGUUGGAGUUUGAUUUGGCUAUGCAAAGCAGUGAUCUGAAAAGAGCUCUACAGUGCCUUCUUACAAUGAGCAACAGUAGGGAGCUGGGCCAAGACAGUGUAGGGUUUGAUUUGAAAGAUAUCCUCACCGUAACAACUAAGAAAGAAAAUCUUGUAGAGGCUGUGCAAGGAGUUGUUAAAUUUGCUAAGGAAUUUUUGGAUCUUAUUGAUGCUGCGGAUGCUACUGGGCAAGCUGACGUUGCUCGGGAAGCUCUUAAAAGGUUAUCUGCUGCCGGUUCAGUAAAAGGAGCUUUACAGGGUCAUGAGCUAAGGGGACUGGCUUUGCGACUUGCUAAUCAUGGAGAACUGACACGGCUUAAUGGUCUGGUUAACAAUUUGGUCUCGGUUGGCUCGGGACGCGAAGCAGCUUUUUCAGCGGCUGUUUUGGGCGACAAUGCUCUCAUGGAGAGGGCAUGGCAAGAAACUGGGAUGCUUGCAGAGGCUGUACUCCAUGCCCAUGCUCAUGGAAGACCCACUUUAAAGAACUUGGUGGAGGCGUGGAAUAAAAUGUUACAGAAGGAAGUUGAGCAUGCACCGGCCACUAAAACAGAUGCCGCAGCUGCAUUUCUUGCUUCUUUGGAGGAACCGAAGCUUACCAGUUUGGCAGAAGCUGGCAAGAAACCACCAAUUGAAAUUUUACCACCAGGAAUGCCUUCUCUUUCAGCUACAAUGGCAAUGAAGAAGAAACCCCCUCCUGCCGCGCAAAAUCCACAGCCGGAUCCUGCUAAGCCAAUGGCAAUAGAAGCACCUCCCUCAGCAACACCUACAGGGGCACCUACUGGUGCACCUACUGGGGCACCUACAGAGACACCCCCAAGACCAGAAAGCGCUCCACCACAAGUAGAAGGAAGUGAACCUGCCAAGGAUGCUGGAGCUCCUCCUCUAUCUUCAUCAGCCAGUGACCCGGGCCCACUUGCUCAGGUAGAAGGCGAGCAUGCCCCAACAACUUCUGGUGCUGAUGCAGCAGAACAAAAGACGAAUGAGACAUCGGAUCCUGGUUCAGAUACUCAGAAGGUGGAGGAACAAGAAGAGCCAGCAGUGUUGGAGGAAAAAAAGGAAGUGACCCCCAAGACGCCAGAUACUCAGGAGCCAGUUGCAUCUGGGGUUUCAACAUCUACACCAUUACCAGUUGCGUCUGUGGCUUCGACGUCUACACCAUUACCGGUUGUGUCUGCACCAUUACCAGUUGCAUCUGGGGUUUCGAUGUCCACACCGUUACCGGACUUUUUUAUCUAAGCAGCAAUCUUCUAAAGCUAGCAGUAGAGUUCUUUUUCCUGGAGAGCUCGAAUUACCACCGCUCGUGAUGAACCAUCCGCUGCUAUGUCCUUUCCCAGUGGAUCAGGAAGCCGAAGCAACCAUUGAUCAGUCAUUAGUAUGUCGAGAGGCACAGAUUGCUGGAUGCAUGCAGAUUAGGAUGGUUUGCUAAGUUGAUCUUCGCUUUAGAUUUGUGCGGGUUUUUUGUUUUCUGUUGCAGGCAACAGGGUUAUUCACCCUGUACGAGAAGCAGAGUUCAGUACACCACAUGUAGCCGCCGGCUCUUGUAAAUCUAUCAGAGGACCGCCCGUUUUGUAUGAUAUGUAUUUUUUUUUUUUUUUUUUUUUUUAUGAUAUGCAUUCAUGGGACGGUCCUCCGUGAUUUUGCGUUUCUUUUUAUAUCAGAUUGCUGUUCCUGUCGUCGUUCGUUGUGGUCUUGUUUCUCCUGUCUGGGCAGUCUUCAAUCUCUAUUCCAAGUCGGUUGCUGAGGUUUA